AUGCCAUCCCCAUCCCCCCAGAAACCUGGCCGUGCGACGAAGGCACGGAUCUGUACCCAUUGUGGCCGGGCCUUUCGACGGACGGAGCACUUGGAGCGCCAUGUUCGAACCCAUACUAAAGAGAAGCCAUUCAUAUGCUUCUGUGGGGCAGCUUUCACCAGGCGCGAUCUAUUAAAGCGUCACACCCGCAUAUCUCAUCAAGAUGGCAUCGGGUCGCCAGAUUCCAAAGCGCCGAUGGGGAAGCCCAGUCUCGAAGCCCCCAACGUAGCACCUACAGCCCUUGCGCCGCAAUAUGAUACAUCGACUCGCGCAGUCGUACCGAUUGCGGGCCCUUCUGAUGUACACCAAUGGGCUGGCUCCCAGACUGAUCAUGUAUCAUAUCUACCUCAGAGUCAAGCUGGGGGGAUGAUGCCUGCAGGAGGACCUAAUCCCAAUCCGGCUUCGGAUGGACAUCCAGCUAUGCACGAUCCCGCCAUGCUUCAAGCUGCUCAGUUGCUUAUUCCAGCAGACUAUCAAACUGCCUCACUACCUUAUUUACCAGAAGAUCUGAAUCACUUUCAAGAGUUCACUCACUUUCUUGAUUCGAUUGGACUACCAGCAGAGUGGCUUCCGAGCGAUGGCGAAGCGAACCAGAUGCAGGAAAUUGCCCUAGAAGAUGUUCCUAAGGCCUGCCAAUCAACGCUGGAACAAUCAAGGCCUCGACGUAGCUUGAGAGAGGGGUCGCGAGGGGACUCACCCUUCCGCUCAUGGUUACCAUCAGUGCCACGGGGGGACCAGAGUCUAGGGACAUUGUCUGAUUCAGAACCUCCGCAGGCUUCAAAAUCUUCAAGAUUCAAUGUCUCGGAAGAUCAGCGCUUCAGACUCGCUGCUGCUCUUGAAAGCUUCCGCAAUGUCAUUCCUGACUUUAGCCUUCCAUCUCGUCAUACAUUGACCCGAUAUCUUACAUCAUAUUUUGAAGGCUUUCAUCCCCAUAUCCCAUUUAUUCACAUCCCGACAUUCCGCUUCAAUGAGUGUUCUCCAGAGCUUAUAUUAGCAAUCAUGACCAUUGGAGCACAAUACCGGUUCGAACACCAUAACGCAGAAAGAAUAUUUCAUGUCUCAAAAGCGGUCUUGUAUGAGCGGAUGUCUAGAGAAUCGCGUAUGGCCUCGUCAGCUGGAUAUUCUGUUCCCCCAGGGGUUUCGUCAUAUCCUGGGGAUACUCAAGUUACGACCGGAACUGCGACUAGCUCAUCAAGGCAAAUGGAUGUCAUUCGGUGUCUUCUUGUGCUUAUGAGCUAUGCCACUUGGGAGCGAGCUGGGCUUGUCCAGGAAGCCUUCCAAUUGCAAAUUCAAUUAGUCCAACAUCUACGCGAAGCUGGACUUUCGGAGUCAUACCCAGAUUCACGUGUCGCCUCGCAAGAUUGGUAUGAGUGGGCAGACCAAGAGUCUAUUCGACGGACAAAACUCAUAUCUUUCUGCUUUAUCCAUAUUCACAGUGUUGCAUAUAACGCCUAUCCAUCCCUCCGGAGCAAUGAAAUUCAUAUGCGGCUGCCAUGCUCAACAAAAGAAUGGACCGCAAAUAAUGCAAUUGAAUGGGAGGUCGCCCAACGUGAUAGGGGACCUCAGCAAUUAUUAUUCCAAGAUGCUUUAACUCUUCUACUUCAAAAGUCCCGUUCUGCAGUACCCCUAGAGCCCAUUCCUUCCCCUCUAGGGAACUACAUGCUACUCCACGGUUUACUACAACGAAUUCACAUUGUCAGUGAGCUCUCAUUACCAAAUGGGAACCACUCCACUAGUCUCCCAACUGAAGAACUCAAUAAGAUUGAGCGAGCUCUUCGUUCAUGGACUUCUGUCUGGCAGCAAGCCCCAGAAUCAAGCCUCGAUCCACAAAAUGCCAAUGGCCCGAUCCCAUUCACAUCAAGCGCCCUUCUCGGGCUUGCCUACGUACGAUUAUCCCUCAAUCUUGGACCAUACCGACGACUUGAAACUCGGGAUCCUACAACCAUCGCUAAAACCCUGUGCCGAUCACCUAAACCGGAACGAAGCUAUCGUCUCAUUCCAGCUCUCAUAUAUUCUGCUCACGCUCUCAGCAUUCCUGUUCGUCUUGGCAUCGAUCACAUUGCCAUGAGUCAGGCUUUCUUCUGGAGUGUUCGGCACUCACUUGCAAGUCUUGAAUGUGCCGUAUUGCUGAGCAAAUGGCUGUUCACUCUUGCAGAGGCGGCACCAGAUCAGGCUCUCAGUGAAAAUGAGAGUCGUAUUCUUCGUUGGACGCAAUGCAUUGUCGAAGAAGCCUAUUCAUCCAUCGAUCUGGAAGAUGAAUCCGAGGCACCACGGAACCUGGAGCCAUCAACUCUGGGGAUGGCGGUUCUCAGGUUAUGGGCAAGACUCUUCCGUCGAAACACGCAAUGGCCUUUUAUCAAUAUCCUGGGGCAAAGCUUGGAACAGUACAUGGCUAUGAUAUAA